AUGGGGAAAAACCAGGAGGGACCGAAGGCGGCAGAGGAGGUGAACGGGAGCAGCUGGAGGACGAUGGCUUCUCGCUCGCGCACGCCUUGGGGGCACCGGGAGCCUUUCGGUUUGGAAGCUCUGGCCAUGGAUCAGAAAAGCUAUCGACGGGGGAGUUUCCAGAGCAGCACUAGCGAUGAAGAUAUGCUGGAAAUAGCAGGAGCGUCUCUGGACUUCUCCAUGGCAGACGAUGACCCGCCGCUCGACAGGGAGAUGGGAGACCUGCAGAGCAGCCCCACGCGUGCUCGCGUGCCGCGUUUGGCCCCCAGCGGUGCUCUGUCAUGGAGGCCUGUUGGCUGCAAGAGAGAAAAUCUCCUUAAAAUAAACGGCGGCCGCGAGAAGCGGGUAGUGCGAGUGAAGGACAGCUUCCCAAAUGUCACCUGUUGGUGGCUGAAACUACCAGCUCUGCUGCUGCUGGAGAUCCUCUCAGGAGCACGUGAUGGUUGUCGACUUGGCUUGGUCCCUCUCACCGCUUUCGGGCUCAAGCAGAGGAAGGAUCACUGGGUUUUCGUGGCGGCGGCGUUAGCGCCAAGCGAUGAGCAGUGGUUUGUGGUCACAGAAACCUCUGUCGGUGCGCAGAGGGACGGUGCAAGGUUUACACCUGGGCGUGGUGUUUCCUGGGCCCUGCCGAAGGUGGAGGGGGGUGGCUGGUUCCUGCGGUGCCGGUAUCGGGCGGGGAGCUCGCUGCCACCUCACCGGGUGGUGGAAGUGACUUUUGGAACUGGGCACGUCUGGGAGUCCCCUCCAAACCUCCUCACGCAGAGCUUGAAAUAA